CAGCAAGCGAAUUGCUAGACGCGAUCUGAAAGCCGGUAACAUUUUCGGUUAAACUAGAGAUAUGUCCGGAGUGAUUAGUGUCCUUUUUUUUGUGCUACACAUAUUAUCCUGCCGUGGAGAGUUUUUCAGCUCCACCUCGGGUCUGGAAAAGUUAUUCAAAACUGAGAUAGUGCUGCUGGAAGAAUUACAAAAUUAUGUAAAUGAGAUAAAUCAACAUGCUUUGGCUCUGCAAAGCGAAAUUGAUGCAAUCCGUACGGAGCACCUGAGUGCCGCCGAAAACAUCGAUGACUACCUCAACAACCCGGUAAACGCUUUCCGGUUAAUUAAGCGAUUACAUAGCGACUGGGAGACUUUCGAAAGCAGUGUUUCCGCAGACACGAGUCGUGAAAAUUUCCUGGAAAAUAUGGUCGGCCAUAAGGCAAACCUAAGCUUUCCCUCUCAGGAUGAUUUCGUGGGCUCUGCCAUUGCCCUGACCCGGUUGCAACAGACUUACCAACUUGAUGUGGCCGAGUUGGCCAGUGGCAUUCUUAAUGGAGUCAAAUAUGGCACUGCCAUGUCCUGGCAGGACUGCUUUGUUCUCGGCCAGCACCUUUAUGCCUUGAGGGACUACAACCACACGGUUCCAUGGCUACAACAAUCGAUGCAGUUGCUCGGAGAACAGAGCUAUGGCCAGGAGUCUGCGUCCCUGGAUUUCAUGGAAGCCGUGGUGGACUAUCAUCGGGAAAUGGGGGCCCAUGAGACGGCACUUGGAUUGGUGAAUCAUGUUCUCUCAAUCGAACCAGAGCACCGAAGCCACCUUUUGGAAACCCGUCAGCAAUUAGAGGAAUUAAUAACUGAUGGGGAUAAGAACGGAUUGCUUCAUUUGACGGCGCGUCGACCUGGGGACUACCACGCGUCCCGGGAGUUUAAAAUGUAUGAACAGGUGUGCCGAGGAGACUUGAACCCUUCUCCGGCCAAACAGCGAAAACUGAGGUGUCGAUUACGAAGGAGUCGACUGGGCUAUGCUCCUUUCAAGUUGGAAGAGCUAAGCCACGAGCCUUUGGUGUUUCAGGUGCAUCAAGUGGUUAGCUCGAAAACAGCAGAGUUCAUCCAAAAAAUGGCUAGACCUAAAAUCAAAAGAUCUACUGUGUAUGCUAUUGGAGGAGGAGGCGCCUCCCAGGCCGCUGCCUUCCGCACCAGUCAAGGGGCCUCCUUUAAUUAUUCGCGAAAUGCAGCCACCAAAAUACUCAGCUGCCAUGUCGGCGACUUAUCCAGCCUGGAUAUGCACUAUGCAGAAGAGCUGCAGGUGGCCAAUUAUGGAAUUGGUGGUCAUUACGAACCCCACUGGGACAGUUUCCCCGAAAAUCACGUAUACGAUGAGGGGGACGACAGAGGAAACCGCAUAGCCACGGGAAUAUAUUAUCUCUCAGAUGUGGAGGCAGGAGGUGGCACUGCCUUUCCCUUUUUACCUCUGUUGGUUACUCCUGAAAAAGGAAGUCUACUCUUUUGGUACAAUCUUCAUGCGUCGGGAGAUCAGGACUAUCGCACUAAACAUGCUGCUUGCCCUGUCCUUCAAGGAAGCAAAUGGAUUGCCAAUGUUUGGAUACGAGAACGGAAUCAGCAUAAUGUGAAGCCCUGCGAUCUCCAGCGAAACCAUGAAAUUUCAGUACCCUUUAGAGACUUUGACUAAAGUCUACAACUUAUGACCAUUUAUAAAAAUAAGAUUUUAAUUUAUUAAAAGUAAGAGAGAAUAUUAAUUAUGAUAA